AUGACUGAUGCCCAGAUGGCUGACUUUGGGGCAGCGGCCCAGUACCUCCGCAAGUCAGAGAAGGAGCGUCUAGAGGCCCAGACCCGGCCCUUUGACAUUCGCACUGAGUGCUUCGUGCCAGACGACAAGGAAGAGUUUGUCAAAGCCAAGAUUGUGUCCCGGGAGGGGGGCAAGGUCACUGCUGAAACCGAGAAUGGGAAGACGGUGACUGUGAAGGAGGACCAGGUGUUGCAGCAGAACCCACCCAAGUUCGAUAAGAUCGAGGACAUGGCCAUGCUGACCUUCCUGCACGAGCCCGCAGUGCUUUUCAACCUCAAAGAGCGCUACGCAGCCUGGAUGAUAUAUACCUACUCGGGCCUCUUCUGUGUCACCGUCAACCCCUACAAGUGGCUGCCGGUGUACAAUGCUGAGGUGGUGGCCGCCUACAGGGGCAAGAAGAGGAGUGAGGCCCCGCCCCACAUCUUCUCCAUCUCUGACAACGCCUAUCAGUACAUGCUGACGGAUCGGGAGAACCAGUCCAUCCUCAUCACGGGAGAAUCCGGGGCGGGGAAGACUGUGAACACCAAGCGUGUCAUCCAGUACUUUGCCAGCAUUGCAGCCAUAGGUGACCGUGGCAAGAAGGACAAUGCCAAUGCGAACAAGGGCACCCUGGAGGACCAGAUCAUCCAGGCCAACCCCGCUCUGGAGGCCUUCGGCAACGCCAAGACUGUCCGGAACGACAACUCCUCCCGCUUCGGGAAAUUCAUUAGGAUCCACUUUGGGGCCACUGGAAAGCUGGCUUCUGCGGACAUAGAGACCUACCUGCUGGAGAAGUCCCGGGUGAUCUUCCAGCUGAAAGCUGAGAGAAACUACCACAUCUUCUACCAGAUUCUGUCCAACAAGAAGCCGGAGUUGCUGGACAUGCUGCUGGUCACCAACAACCCCUACGACUACGCUUUCGUGUCUCAGGGAGAGGUGUCUGUGGCCUCCAUCGAUGACUCCGAGGAGCUCAUGGCCACCGAUAGUGCCUUUGACGUGCUGGGCUUCACUUCAGAGGAGAAAGCUGGCGUCUACAAGCUGACGGGAGCCAUCAUGCACUACGGGAACAUGAAGUUCAAGCAGAAGCAGCGGGAGGAGCAGGCGGAGCCAGACGGCACUGAAGACUCGCCCAGCCCCAGGAAGUACAGCCCCUGA